CCCCCCCCCCCCCCUCAACACACACAUGCGUCACAUGUCCGUCUCCAUCGCCUAGCUAUGCCAGUGCAUAGGCCUCCAGUUCGUCGAGGUCGAAGUACCAGCCCCUGACACUUGCAGGGGAAAAGCCUGCCUGACUAAUCGUCUCCCAGCCGGGCACGUGCACCUUGGCCCUCUCCCAGGUCGGCCAGAAGCUGGACGGCGCAAAGGCGUGGCAUCGCUUCAGCGAGUGCAGCAUCGCGACAUUGACUGAAGGGGGGCGCUGGCCGGCCGACGAGGGGAGGAUGCCCAUGUCGAAGCCCGACACAACGAGGAGUGCCCUCACGGUGGUGCCCUUGGCUGUAAUGUCAUCCUCCACACGCAGCUGUCGCAGCCCAGCAAGAUGUAACUUACUGCCGCCGAGAAGGCCUUCCUCUUGUCGAUACCCGGCCGGCCUCUUAAGCUUGAACAAAGCCGUCUUGGCUUCCACCUCGGACCCGUUGUCGGCCGUCACGUCGAUCUGGCCAGCAAUGGCCACGGCGAAGAGCUCCCCAGUGCCCUCAACGCGACCCAUGAGCAGCAGAGGCGAGUGGCCUUUGACUGCAUCGAGAAACUGCGCCCAUCGCCAGCCAUCCACUGAGGCACGGUAGAGGCGCUUGAUGGGCUCCCCCAGCCGUGCCGGAAUCGCCCUUAGAUGCGCCACAUGAGGGUCGAGGUCGUCGGUGGCUUUGACUGUGUCCCAUUCGGAGUUUCGGAUGAAGUCAAUAUGCUCCUGCGUGAGCAGCCAGUCUCCCUCUCCCGGCGACAGAUAGACGCUCGAGUCGAUGCCGAAGAGGUCCAGAGUUUCCCGGUACUCGCUGAGGUCGGAGGCGCCCAUCGACUGACGCACAUCCUCGAUGCUUGGAGGCCGACUGCAUGGACACACAGCACACGACAUCCAUCCAGGCAGUCAAUCAGUCUGUGUGUCUAGGGCGUGGCUGCAUGAGCGAACGUCUCACCUUUGGAUGCUGGCUCGCACGGCGAGAUCCACCACGCGGCGGACACAGUCGAGCGGACACACACUUGAACGAUCAUACCUGAAAGACAGACAGACACGGUGAUGGUAGGCCAACGCAUUAAUGCGUACGUACGUGUUGAAUCGUCUGAAGAAGUUGGAAGUCUCUCCGAGAGCUCGAGACGCCCCGACCGUCACUGUCACCUUCCAGGCGAUCACAUCGAGGGUCACCAGCUGAUCAAGCCAACCAACGCACAAUGGCAUAAGCCAGCUGAGGCGCCUGUCCCGUGCCCUCUCACCUCAUUGUCAUCUUUGCUGGGCGAUCUGAGCAGAGGUUUGAUUGCCCGCAGGCGGCCCAUGUCGGCUUCAGUGCUGUCUGUAGAACGGUCUCUUUGCUGGUCCGUGGGGACCCGCAAGAGCAUGUUGACCCAAUAACUGACAUGACGGACAACGUUGAUAGAUAGCAUCAUGCAGCACGUUGUUGUGUGAAGACACCCACCCACUCUCUCACCCACCUGAAUGGCAAGUCCCUCUUCUGUGCAUCAGACAGACCCAUGUCGUCGACGCUGAUGGCACCCUGCUCGUACCGCGUCAGCUUCUCGACCAUCCUGAUUUAACACAUCCAUUCAGCCAUGGCGGCCACCAAUCAACGGACACCCACGUGCCGUACCAGUUGAAUGCUGGCGCGUACACCGGGAGGAACCAGCGGCCAUGAGCAUCACGGACGAAUUCAUCGUCGACUUGGCCAGAGAAGAGGGUCGCCAUCACGCUGCCCUUGACGGCGCACAGUGUGGACCGCUUGACGCUGAGGCACUCGCCGCUGAUGUUGAGAUCAAUCCACUGCGCCAUCGUGCCCGCCGGCACCUCAUGGUCGUCCACCAGACGGAGGGCAGGCGCCUUGACGGCUGGAUCUGUCGAUGAGAUGAGGCUGCAUCCAGCCGUCUUGUCGUCCUCAGGUGACCGAGAUGCAUCGUUGCCACUCACAGUCGCUCGAGGAAUACACGAAGGCCUGAAGGGGGCAUAGCAUCUGGCGAAUAGCCUCAUCCUUGCCCUCGCGAUCG